UUUUUGCCCAAAGCCAUGCAGGUCUUGAACCAUGCUGAGCACUCAGCUGGUCUGAACAUGGUGUUGGGUGGGGUGGGCUUGCUUCUACACUCACAAGUGCUGGAGAAAAUUUGUCUUUCCUGUUUCUUUUAUAGAGAGGGACAAGCAAAGGACUUGUACCAGAGACUGAGAGAAAAGCCAAGAGACCAAAGGACUAGCGGAGACAGCCAAGAAGUCGUGAGGCUACUUCUGCAAGCAAUCCAGACCUUUGAAAAGAAAGUCGGCCUCCUUUAUGCUCAGCUCAGUAAAACAGUUGUCUGCAAGCAAAAGGCACUGGAGUUAUUUCCUAAAGUGGAUGAGGUGAUGAGCCUGAUGAAUGAGGAUGAGAAAAUGGUUGUUGAGCUUCAGGAUAAACGGCAGAAAGAGCUGUGGAACCUGUUGAAAAUUGCCUGUAGCAAGGUGCGUGGGCCUGUCAGUGGGAGCCCAGACAGCAUAAGCACAUCACGCCUUAGUAAUCCUGGUCAACUCUCAUUGCAGGUUCCAGCCCUGCACAGUAAUUUACAGGAUCCUGGGAUUAAAAGUGAGGAUUUACUGAUGGAAUCUCGAAGUCUCUGCAAUCAGCUAGAGAAUGUGAUGCACCACACAAUGAAGGAUCAAGAGCACAGCUUUAUGGCUCUGGACUGGAGUUGGUUGAAACUUCAAGAGGAAGAAAGAGGGAAAGGCCUAGAACAAACCCAGAUGUGAAAAGGGCCACUAUUAAAUCGCUUAAAAGCUAACAUUUUAAAAGUUGGUAGCCUGCUAUGAAUGGAGGCUGCUAUCCUUGUUGAGAAAUCUAUGCCUAUUGCCCACUGACUGAUUGUAUUCAUUUUUUACUCUUAAUCAUCUGUAUAUAUAAAAUAUACCAUUUGUGAACUAUG